GAGAGAGAGAGAGAGAGAGAGAGCAUCAGUUCACCUAGUAGACCAACAGUUUGAGGGGCCGUCUGUGGUGGGUCCUACGUAGAUUGCAUUAGGUGAAAGGAUUUUAACAGCCCAAGGCAAAUGAGAGAUUGUGGCGGGAAAAUCCCGUCGUCUUUCAAUCUUCUCUUACAUGGGUGUCAGUUCCAACUCUGUCCUCAACCGUCUCCUUCAAAACACCAACCGCCAUCACAAGAGUAGGCCCCACGACAAGCCUAAAGGCCCACCCAACACCACCCUAUCUUCAACCGCCCAUAUCCUCUCCCUCCUCGAUUCUGGCCACCUCAAGAAAGCUGUCUCCCUCCUCUUCUCUACUCCCACUCCUUUCCCUCUCUCCAUCUACGCCCACCUCCUCCGCGUCUGUUCCUCCAAACGCGCCCUUGUCGAGGUCCGCAAGAUCGAAUCCCAUCUCAUCACGUCCUACCCCUCGCCCCCCACCUUUUUACUCAAUCGUGCGGUUGAGGUGUAUGCCAAAUGCGGUAAUCUUCGUGAUGCCCGGGAGCUGUUCGAUGAAAUGCCCAAACGGGAUGGUGGCACGUGGAAUGCGAUGAUAACUGGGUAUGCACAAGCGGGACGCGCUGAAGAGGCUUUGAUGCUGUUUUCUGGCAUGGGUGCGUCGGGGCUGGUCCCUAAUGAGAUUACGUUUGCUAGUGUUCUGGGCUCCUGUGCUGCUCUUUUUGCUCUCUUUCUUGCCAAGCAAAUUCAUGGCCUUGUGAUUAAGUUUGGGUUUUGUUGGAAUGUGAUUCUGGGGAGCUCACUUGUGGAUAUUUAUGGAAAAUGCCGGGUAAUUGACGAUGCGCGGAGGGCAUUCCAUGAGAUCCCCACUCCGAAUGCUGUUUCUUGGAAUGUGAUUGUUAGACGAUAUCUUGAGAUGGGAGAAGAAAAGGAGGCGGUGGUUAUGUUCUUUAAGAUGAUAAGGGAAAAUGCUAGGCCGUUGAAUUUUACUUUCUCUAACGUUCUUAUUGCUUGUUCGAGCAUUUCUGCGCUCGAGGAGGGUCGUCAGAUUCAUGGGAUUGCAGUUAAGACUGCAUUUGAGGAGGAUAAUGUUGUUACAACCUCACUUAUUGAUAUGUAUGCAAAAUGCAGUGCUUUGGAGGAUGCACACCGUCUUUUUGAUCGACCUAGGUCGAGGAAUGUGGUUUCUUGGACUUCAAUUGUGUCAGGUUAUGCCAUGUGUGGGAGAAUCAGUGACGCAAGGAUGCUUUUCGACAAGAUGCCUGAGCGCAAUGUGAUUUCAUGGAAUGCAAUGCUGGCAGGGUACACACGGUUCUUUUAUUGGGAUGAGGCCUUGGAUUUCAUCUUUUGGAUGCGCCACGUCACCAGCGAUAUUGAUCAUGUGACUCUAGGAUUGAUUCUUAAUGUAUGUGCAGGGCUCUCGGAUCUCAGAUUUGGUAAACAGGUUCAUGGGUUUGUUUAUAGACACGGUUUCUGCUCGAAUCUUUUCACCAGCAAUGCACUUCUUAACAUGUAUGGGAAAUGCGGAAGCUUAAGAAGUGCUCGCCUUUGGUUCCUUGAGAUGGGGCGUUGGCGAGACAAGAUUUCAUGGAAUGCUUUGAUCACUGGCUAUGCUCGUCAUGGACAGAGUGAGGAAGCAUUGCGGAUCUUCAGCGAGAUGCAAUGGGAGACAACUCCAAGCAAGUUCACAUUCAGUACCAUUUUUGCAGCUUGUGCGAACAUCUUUACGCUCGAUCACGGAAAGGAAAUCCAUGGAUACAUGAUCAGACAUGGUUUCGAGAUGGAUAUUGUCAUUAAAGGGGCAUUAGUUGACAUGUACUCAAAAUGCCGCUGUCUAGAGUAUGCUGUCACGGUGUUCAGAGAGGAAGGCCCACGGGAUCUUAUCCUAUGGAAUUCAAUGAUUUUGGGCUGUGCCUACAACGGAAGGGGCAGCGAUGCUCUUGAACUAUUUGAGUCAAUGCAGAAGGAAGGGAUCGAAGUAGACAAUGUCACUUUUAUUGGUGUUUUGCUUGCUUGUAUUGGUGAGGGAUUUGUCGACUUGGGACGGCAGUAUUUCAAUUCAAUGAGUGACAAGUACUGUACUAUACCUCGAGUGGAGCAUUAUGAGUGCAUGAUUGAACUCUUGGGUAAACAUGGUAUCAUGGAUGAGCUUGAGGAUUUUGUUCGUAGAAUGCCAUUUGAGCCGACUGUCCCAAUGUGGACAAGGGUAUUUGACUGUUGCAGAGAACAUGGGAACUCAAGGUUGGGGGAAUUGGCUUCACAACGCCUUAGUGACUUAAACCCUUCAAAUCCAGUUUGCUUUGAGAUCCUUUCUGAAACCAACUUGGACACAUGAACAAUGCCAAUAGAAAUGAAGGGUUUCAUCUUGAUGGAUGAUGUUACAGUGGAGGGAGAUGGGACCCCAAAGGCUUUGAGUAUGCAAGACUGAGAAAAGCUACUGUUGGAAGGGAGGAGAUUUGAGUUUGGCAUUCCUUUUUAAGUCACUGUGGGCUGAUAUUUUCGCUCUUCUUUCAAGAAUGUGAAAACUCAAGCUGGAUGUCCGAUGGUGCGAUCUCAGGCACCAGCAGAUUAAUGCUGCAGAGCGAGAGAUAUCCACAUCCAACGAAACUCUUCAUGGAUUAUACUUGGGAAAAGCAUUGGUCCAGGAAUGGGAAGUUAGAUUGGAUAUUCAAAUCCUUGAAACAAGAACUGUCAUUUUAAAGAGAUGAUUAGUUCUCAGCCGGAUGUCAUGCAACUUGUCAUGUGUGUGAUCGACAAAGAAUUUUGAUGUUUUAUCACGAAGAUACACAUCUCAGAAAGGAUAAAUCAAGCAAAGGCCAUUGGUAGAGUGCAUAGUUUUCAUAAGAUAUGGCACUCAUUUCAGGUCAGUUAGCCUUAAACCAUAAUGGAAGCCACCAAGAGGUGUGGGUUUCCAUCCCGGAAAUACAUUUCACCAGUGAGUCAUACAUGAUGGUGUAGCUUGCUCUGGAACUGAUUUUGUUAAUGAUUAGCCAGCUGUGGUUAAAGAAGUGACUAAAUGAUACCGAAUGGUUGAAUGCAUUUUGCUGGACUGACUUCAAAGGAUUUGGGAAGUUCACCAACUGUAAGGAUAAAGCUAAUCCAAUUCCCUUUGUUCUAUAUCCUCAAA